GCGCCGACUGAAAUCACCCUGAUGCUGAAGCUCUCUUCUCUUAUCUGGAUAGGAUAGACACAAUCCCAGUUCUGACGUGAGGACGGAGAGCGUGAACUGGAUAGAGGGUUACUCGGGGUGUCUGACACAAAAACCUUCACAAAACCAGCUACACCAGGCUCUGUUGUGUGCUAUGUGAUUUGCGGGGUUUUAACAGGGAUGUUCAAUAGUGCUUGUUUUCAUUCUAUUUCGAACUAUGGUUUAUUAUUGAAAUUCGUAUUUCUGUCUACGUGUUGUCAAUCUGGACAGUUCCUCUCCACAUCAUGGGUGUGACCUUGUCUUUGACUAGCCUGGUCUAUGUUAUACUGACACUGUUUUUCUCGGUGCUGUCUAUACUCGGAACCCUUCUGAUAAUCCUAGUCUACUUCAUGUAUGUGGAUCUUAGGACGACCAGCAGAAAGAUCGUAGUGUUUUUAAGCAUUGGUGAUUUCAUCAACGCGCUGUCGCAGACCAUAGGGCUAGUGUGGUACGUCAGCGACACGCACACAUCUGUUGACUACACGGACAUCAAAUUCCUGGCGCUGUGUGAGGGCCCUGCGGCAGGUCUAAUCUUUGGGACGAUAGCAUCGUGCCUAUGGACGGUGGUGCUAGCUCUGUAUAUGUACAUAUGCAUCGUGAGGAACAGAGUUGGACUGGCACAGAAGUUGAUUACCCCCAGCCAUGUGGUUUGCUGGAUGAUACCAAGUUUGAUGGUGAUCAUAUUGAUGAGUGAGACAGAACUGGGGUAUGAUGAGGCACUCAAAAACUCGAGUUCAUCGGCCAGCAUUUGCUGGAUCAGAAACGUUAACGACUCCAACCCGAAGGCUGUCUUUGAUCAGUUUCUCUGGCAGGUAUUUAGCAUGCCUUUUUGGGAAUUGACAUCAGUUAUUGUCGUCGCCAUCUUGACUUCAAGGACAGUUCAUCACGUGCACGCUGAGAUACUUCGAGAAAAAGACCAACAUGACAUCAGCGAAGAAACCAUGGCGGCCAUAUGGGCAGCUAACAAGAAGAUGGUCGCCAUUCCCGUUGUCAUGGUAUUCGUGAGAAUUUGGGGGAUUGCCAGGUUCCUCGUGACAGCCAUUACCAAAAUGGCUUAUCCGGGCCAGAAGGCGAUCUUGAAGAGAGUGGACAGUCAUCCUGCCAUGGUGAUUCUUAUGAUGUUACAGGGUAUAGGCGAUGGUUCCCAGGGUCUCGGAAACGCUAUGCUGUUUUGUUUCUUCACAAAGUCCGUUAGAACAAGAUUAUGGGACGGAAUAAAAAGAGCAGUUUCCUGCAAAUGGCGACAUAAGCGUCGAGAAAAAUCAACACGGUCAGAUCAUGGAAGCAUCUUGGCAGACGACCGCCAACCCGUCCCAGCAGGCACUGCGAAAAUCGAAUCCUCUGUCACAGUGUGAAGCAAUCCUAGUUGAUAUUUCUGUGGAUUGCCUUUUACCGUUCUGCUACAGGUAGCAUGAAAGGAAUGUUGAAAACUAAAAGUCAGGGAGCUUUCUGUAUUUGAGUAUAUAGUACUCACCAACAGGAGUGCUUUUGGAAUAGUCCUUAGGAAAUCUUCAGUAAAAAUGCACUUUUAGGAUACAAGGAACAAAGAAUCACCACUCGCUGAAUAUGCAAAACUGAGAUUCGUUAAAGGACACUCAUUGUUUAUUGUUUCCUGAUAGUCGUGACCAAGUUAUAUAUUUCCUGCUGCAUGUAACACAAGAUACCCGCUGAACAAGAUAACUCUGUAUUAUCAGUUAUGUAUAGUCGUACAAAUACAAUAGAUAUUGAAAUCAUAACACCGCCUUCACCUGUCCUCCAGCUUGAAAGCAGCAAAGCAUUUCAUGAUUUUUUUCACGAAGUCACGAUAAUAUUUUACAUCUACAACAUGUAUAUAGAAACUACUGCAUUGCUUUUGACAGCACCAAUAAUAUCUUAACUGCCACAAUCAACUAUCCACCAUAUAUGAACUACUUAAUUUGGAGGCCUUCCCAGGGAAAAAAAAACAUUAAUACAUAUGCACAAUAAACUGUAAGAGCACCUGCAUUUUCUUGCCGUGUAAUUGCCAAGACAGUAUUACAAGAGGAAAUAACUUUUCACCUAAUAGCAAAUGCUUCCAUGUGGUGGUUUUGUAACAAAUUUAUAUGAAUAUCCACUCAUUCUAAAGCAAUAUUCAUAUCUAUUAUAAAAAUAAGUAAAUAAAUAAAUAAAACAAAGCAAUCUAGAAUGAAAAAGAAAAAUACAAACAUCAUUGCACCGUUUCAUUCUUUAGCAGAUGCACAAGGAAUAUAUCUUUGAACUAUAUCAAUUACUGAUAUAUUGCCAAGGGAAAAAGCACAUCACAUCUGUAUAUAUUGCAGCACCUUAAAAUUGUCAAUUACUAAAAUCAUUUUGAUCAGCCAAGAUUUGAAAUGGUAAAAUACAAUUGAAAAUAAAGAACAACCCUUGCUCAUAUCAAAACUAUUGCACUGCAAUCCUAGUACCCUCACGUCAUAUCUUCUUAUACAAGUCAUGUCAAAUGUGAACAAAACUAAGUCCUACGGUUUGUUUCCUAUUUUGUCAACUUCUUGAGGCAAGUCUGUGUCAACUGCUAUUAAUUCCAUGCAGUGUCUGUUCCUUAUAAAUAUCUGUCAAACAUGUGACAUCGGUUACUGCAAAAUGUAACUCAAGGUAAAGUAUCCACAUUUAAAACUGUCGACUGUCCAUUGUACACACAUCCUGCAAAUCUACUCAUCCUGCACGAUUCAGACUUAAAAUAAAAGUACUUGAUGUCAUGGCUGUCCUCUGAAAUUUACAGUAAGACAUGACAUUCUUAACAUUACAGUAAACAUUUAGAUCUAUAGUUAGCAUGCCUUUAAAAAAUACUCGUCAUAAAGAACAGUCCCUCUAUACAGCAUAUCCUGUAUGAUAGGAACUCUAAUGGAAAUGCUUUUUUCCAUUUCUAUACAUGAAUCUCUGAGAACAUUCGGCAAUAUUCUUUUUUUUUUAACAGCAACUAAAAUAUGCAAACAAAUGACAAUACAAAGAAGACAAAA